AGUGGUGGAAGGACAGAGAGAGAGAGAGAGAGGGAGAGAGAGCAUCCCAAGUGUGCUCCACACUGCCAGCACGGAGCUCGCCGGGAGGCUGGAACCCGCAAAUCGUGAGAUCAUGCCCUGAGCCGCAGUCGGAUGCUUAACCAACUGAGCCACCCAGGCGCUCCUACAGAAGACUUUAAUAUACAAUAAAAGAGGCAUCAUAAAUAGAGAACGGUUAGAUUCCAGGUCUGCAGGUGAAGGGUGAGGGUCGUCGUUGCAGGUGCUUUUCUCCAACCCACAGCAAAACGGCCGCUCGGUCACCAUCUUAAGAUUGUGGUGAGACCUUUGUUAAGACUUGCCCGGCUCCACGUGGCACCCAGGGAGCCUUCCCGCCUGACGCCGCCGCACUUCAUCUGCCGCCACCCUUUACGGUUCCUGCCGCCUCCGAGAACAUGUUCCAGAAACCGAGAAGCCAGGACCGCCCUAGCAGCAAGAUCAAGAGGGAGAAGGAGUGGGGCCGCGGCUCCACCGCCUCGGAGAAGGCCCCGAGCACCUCCCGCGGGGCCGCGGGCUUCCAGGAGGCCCCGGACACGUCGUCACAGGGCAGCCGCGGGGCCGAGGCUUUCCCUGAGGUGUGGCCCAGGUCCCAGCAGCAGUUGGAGCUGAAGGUGGCCGAGCUGGUGCAGUUCUUGCUGAUUAAAGACCAGAAGAAGAUCCCGAUCAGGCGCGCUGACAUCCUGAAGCACGUCAUCGGGGACUACAGGGACAUCUUCCUGGACCUCCUCAAAAUGGCUGCCGAGCGCCUCGAGUACGUCUUCGGGUACAAGCUGGUGGAACUGGAACCGGAAAGCAAAAGUUACAUCCUGAUCAACACUCUGGAACCGGCGGAGGAGGAUGCAGAGUUUAGAGGCGAUCAGGGCACACCCACCACCGGCCUCCUGAUGAGUAUUCUAGGUCUCAUCUUUAUGAAGGGCAAUAGUGUCAAGGAAACGGAGGUCUGGAAAUUCCUGUGUCACUUAGGGGUGUUCCCCACAAAGAUGCAUUCAGUUUUUGGAGACCCAAAGAAACUUAUUACCCAAGUAUUUGUGCGGCAGCGUUACCUAGAUUACCUCCCGAUACCCCACACGGAGCCUGUAGAAUAUGAAUUCCAGUGGGGUCCCCGGACCAAGCUGGAAACCAGCAAGAUGAAAGUUCUUAAGUUUGUGGCCAAAGUCCAUAAACAAGACCCCAAGGACUGGCCAGGGCAGUACCUUGAGGCUUUGGCAGAGGAGGAGGCGAGGGCCAGACCCGAGACCGAGACCGGUGGCCCUCCUUCCUCCUCUUAAAGUCUGCGAUUGAUUUGGGCUCCAGGG